AUGUUUGAUAACGAUCAACACUAGGCAAAUAAUUUCUCUGCUAACUCCUCCAUCAAUCAUUAGCAAUUCAAUCAAACAAUGCAAACACACUCUUUCGGCUAAUACAAUAUGUAAAAUCAGAGCAUGAAUUACUAGAAUAACAGUGGUAACUUUAAUUACACACUCAAGUAGUCAAGUAAUAGAAACUCAAAUGAUAGUUCGACAAUUUAGGAUCCUGAAUUAAUGUCUCCUAUGGUGCUUCACAAUUAGCCUUAACAAGAAUAGUUAGGCAAUAUUUACCUAACAAACCAUAAAAUUAACAAAAAUUCAGGAAAUUAUUAAAGUACAAAGAGGCCAUCAACAGUGAAGAGAAAUCACAUAAAUCUAUUAAGCGAUGAUGAAUUUGAUGAGGAUCUUGAAAUAGAAAAUCAGCGUAAAUUGCAAGUGCAAGCUCAUCAGCCGCCUGAUUCACUUCUGCCUAUUGUAGAUGCAUUUAAUGAUAACAGACCACUCUAGAUGAAUUAAAGUUCUCACAAGUCAUCUCAUAUCUAGCAAUAACAAUAGUAUCAGCUAUAAUAAAAUCAGCAAAUGAUGUUGCAAUCAUCAUAUGUUGAGGAAAGUAGUAUGGUGAGCAGUAAAAGCAACAACACAAAUAGCAAUGGAAAUUCAAUCAUGCCAAUACAGCUUAAAAACAAUACCAGAGGUUCCAGUGAGUUAUAUGUCUGGGGUAGAAACUAAAACGGGUAACUUGGAAUAGAACCGAGCAUGAAAUCUGUUAUUAAGAUACCGCAUCUGCUUAAACUCAAUAUUCUUGUCACUUAGAUAUCAUGCGGUAAAUCUCAUACUGCGCUAGUCACAAAUGAAGGUGAAUUAUACACUAUGGGCUCCAAUCAAAAAGGUUAAUUAGGUCUGGGAGCAACUUCUUCUAAGUAUUUAUCUUCUCCAGAAUUAGUAGAGGCACUAUCAAUGUAUCAUGUUAAAAUGAUAUGCUGCUCUCGAAAUGCGACUUUUGCAUUAAUGAGUGCUUAGGAGUUUGAUGCGAAUUCAAGUGAUAUCAUAUUCAGUUGGGGAUCUGAGAAAGAUGGAGUGCUUGGUAUUGGGUCUGUUGAAGGGCCUUAGCACUUUCCUAUCAAAGUUAUGAUUGAAGAGGAAAAUGAAGAAUAACUAGAGAUACUAGAUAUGAGCACUGGAAAAGCUCAUGUCGCAAUUAUUGUUAGAAGGAAAAAUGAAGUAGAUCAAAGUAAUGGAGAUGUAUAAAUGAAUAGUCUUUACAUGUGGGGAUCUAAUAAGUAUGGACAGCUGGGACUCUGGGAUUUUGAUAACAGGAAUGCACCUACUUUCCUUGAUGUUGAAUUCAGUCCUUUAUCUGUUUGCUGUGGAGACUCUUUCAGUAUUGUUUAAACUUAGCAAGGAACUAUCUAUUCUUCAGGGUCUAAUCUUUAAGGCUAAUUAGGUUAGAGUCAAACAGUGAACAAAGUGAGUGUGUUCAGUUAAAUAACUAACAUUACUUUGAAACCAGAAGUGACUAUUACUAAAAUCUGUGCUAGUGAUUUCUCAAGUUGUCUACUGUCCAAUGGUGAGAUGUACAUCUGGGGGCCUACACCUAUUGGUCAAUUUAACUCUCCUCAAAUGCUUCAGGAUCUGAUUCAGAACAACAUUGGCAUCAAGGAUAUGAGUCUGGGCACUUCUUUCGGUCUGAUUCAAGAUCAGAAUAACCUCACUUACUAGAUUGGGUCUUUGUUCUAGGAAAGCAAGAACACCACUAGCAACUUUUAGUAUCUCGAUAACAUGAACUUCGAAGCCUUCACCUGCGGACAUGACUUUGUCGUAGCCUCUUCAGCAAAUCAAUAGUAUCAUUCUGCUUAGCCAAAGUCAAGGCAAUCCAUGAAGCUGACCAGAUCGAAUACUCAAUCGCUGUUACAAUACCAAAAGAACAUAGUAAAAAAACGCUAGCCUUCAGAUCAUCAUAUCUAUAACAAGGUUCAUCUGCAGCAACAAAACAAUAACAUGACCUAAUCAAGCAUCAACAAUCCGAUGAAUUUAAGCAUUUAGCAAUUUAACAUCAACAAUCUUAACGCCAAUCAUCAUUAACAGUAACAGUAGCAAUAUCAACAGCCUAUUCUUCAUUAACAGCAAAGUAUGAAUGGCUAUUCCUAAUAGUAGCAGCAGAUGUCUCAGCAGAAGUCGCAGCACAACCACUAUCAUCAGAACAACAACAGCUAAUCACCUUUGAGAAUAUCCAAUAUCAACGGGCUUAAUAUGACUACCACCACAAAUAAUAUCAAUUUCGAUAACGGCAACAAUCUGAACAACUCGACUUUGAAUAACUUCGGUUUGAGUUCAACUGCGAGUGGCUAAAACUUCUACAAUAGACACUCAAAUAUACACCAAAGUGUCAAUCAUGCUAAUGGCUAUGCAAACAUCUUAAGCAGUCAGUAGAAUACUCAGCAGCAACAGAGAAGGGAGAGCAAGAGAUAGCAUUUGGAUUCAUGUACACCUGUCAGAAGAGAUCUAACUCCAUCUCAGCUGGAACACAGACUACAGUAGACUCCAUCCAAUUCAAAUACACCAAGUAAUAUGCAACUCAGAAUCUAAAACCAAAAUCAUCUCUAACUUAAUCACAUGCAGAGCUACGCUGCUUCAAAUACUGAUGAUUUGCUUUCACAAACUUUGAUAAAUACUCCCUAGUAACUUAGAAGAACAUUUGCAGGCUAGCCUUAACACUCUUUAAUGUCUCAUCACUGCAUGACAAACCAAGCCACACCUCCACCUUAUGGCAGUUCCUGUCCUUGCAACAAUCCAAUGUGCAUGAAUAGUUCCUACGCAGCAGGUUUUCCACCUCAAUCCAAUCCAAUGAUGUAUCAAUCGAUUGAUCAUCAAUCUAGCCAUUAGCAGCAUAAUUAUCAUUAGCACCAAGUAGACUUCCUGAUUAAGGAGAAGCAAGAGAUGCAUCACCAGCUGAAUGUUGAAAUCUAAAGACGCCUGCUCUAGGAAAAAGAGUUGAAUGAGGCCUUCAAGCAACUGGAUGGCAUCAAUUCACAACAUCAGCAGAACAUUCACGAGUUGACUUAGAUGCUUGACCUCCAUAAGAGAGAUAACGAUAGCUUAAUGAAUCAAGUCACUGAAUUGGAGCAUGAUACUCAAGCUUUGAAAGAGGCUAAUGAGACACUUUAGGAGGAGCUAACUAACUACAAGCAGCUUUAUGAAGAUCUGCAAUCCAAGUAGCAAACAAUGGUGAGAGAAAACGAGUACUUGAAGACAAGAGUAGAACUAUCUCAACAGAUUCAGAUUACUUAAAGUAAUACAGGUGUAAGCAAUGAGAAGAUAAAAGAGAUAGAGGAUACUCUUUAAAAGAAAAAUAAAGAGAUCUAUGACUUGACUGUUCAACUUGGCUGUCUUAAAGAAGAAAAUAACCAACUCAAGAAAGAUAAUGAGGAGAUGAGUCUAGAUUUCUCAGAGAGACUGCAGCAUCAGUAAAUCAGAGCAGAGGCAGACUAUAUGGUGGUUCAAGACGAAAACGAGCAGCUAAGAUCAACUAUAGAGCAACUCAAAGUCAUAAGAGAAGAAGUUCAGUAAUUGAAGGUAUUAUAGGAAGAAAAGAAUGCUAAAAUGGAGGAUAUGCAGAAUCUGAUUGAUAAGUUGCAAGAUGAAAUUGAAUUGAAGGAUGACAAUGAAAAGAUUCAAUAGAGAGAGAUUUCAAUAUUACAUCAAGAACAGGAUAAGCUACUGAAGGAAUUGAAAAAGCUUUAAAGUCAACAAAAAUUCAAUCCUAAAUAAACUAAAUAAAACUAAAAGAAUCUGCAUUUGUCCACGACAAUGCCCGAUGAUAAUGAUGGCUUUGACAUUGAAGAUUUGAGAAGAGCAGCAGAUGAUAUUCUGAGAGAACAAAGCCUGGUCAACUCGAUGGUUUUCAAAUCAAACAUCACUCCAAUUAACAGAAGCAAUAUGGCUAGUAUCGUUGUCAACCUUGACCAUUCUCAUAAUUCUUAGCCUCCUUCAGAUAAUCUCGAUUGCAUCAAUUAGAAAACCUAAAUAAUCAAUCUUAUUGAAACACCUAUUGAAAGCCAUCGCAAUUCUAGCUUUUAUCAACCAGUGAUCAGCGCUCAUACUAACGGAUAGAGUUAUAUGUAAUCGCAUUUCAGAAUGAAUGAUAGAAAUCAUCAGACUAAUCUCUAGAACUCGCAGAGCAUGCACUAGAAUCAUUUGUAAAAUACUCUAACUCCAAAGGAACUAAUGUACCAAAAGCUAAAGCAAUCAAUGAUAUCGGGUAAGGAUAGUAGGUCAACUACUAACAGAGAGCAAGGCUGUCUUUAGGUACCCCCACAAUAAAGAAGAAAGAGCACACAGGCUCAGUACUCAUAGAAUGUAAAGAAUCUUAGAAGUAGCAAGAGUGGUGGAAACAUGAAGUUCAAAGCUACAACCAGUAGAAUUAACAACAUGAGUAACGUAGCUAGAUCCACAGAUUAAAACAUCAAUCCAGAUUCUCAUCUCUAAAAUGCGAUUACCAAUGCUCAUUCGAAUACCAAAUCAAUAUAUCACUAGCAAUAGUAAAAGAGAGAAUCUAUCUAGAACAUGCCAGCUUAACAAAAAUCACCCAUAGCAUUUACUAAGAAAAAAUCAGUUAAUAACCUAAUGCCCAAUUAGAGAUCUAUUGAGUGCUUUGAUCACCCACUUGACGCACUUAACCAUACAGUAUUUAUCGAUUAAACAAACAAAUCGCCAUUGAAGUAAAUGACUAAAGGCAUUCAAUAAUCCUAGACUACAACCAAUAGCUAGCUUGCAUCUAAAAACUUUAACUAGCUAAAUCAAGCACUUGGUCAAAAUAAAUAUGACAAGAAUCAUUACAGUAAUAAUACAGCUAUGGGAAACAAUGAGAACAUUAACGCUGGAGAGAGUAUAACUGCACAAAUAACAGGCAAGGUCAUCUCAGGUGGAGGAAAGAUAAGCUAGGCUCAUACUCCGAAGUAAAAGCUGGUUAAGGACAGCAGCAAGGGCUCACUCUUUGAUAUGAAGCACAAGCUCUAGGACAUUCAGCAUAACAAGCAGUACUUAGAAAAGAAAAUCUAUGAAUAUGAGAAAAAACUAAAUGAGCUGAAGGGAACUAGCACUUAAAAUGUCGGAGGAGAUCUUAAUAACAGACUUGGACAAACAUUCAACAAUACAUCUUAAAAUACUAAAUUGAACACAUUGUCAGGGUCUUUACUGGAAAAAGUUUUUAAAUGA